CCGCCUGCCACUGUCCGCUCCCGCGUGUCCUUGCGGUGACCUGGGCCCCCGCCGCCACGCGAGGGCAGGCUCGCCCAGAGGCCUAGCUGCUGCCCCGCGGGGCCGGUGGCCGAACCUGGUGACCGCUGGCCGUUCUCGCCGCCUCCUCGAGCUGUGGAGGACUCGAGGGCGCGCCCCCGGGGCCUCGCUCGACGCGACUUCCUGGUGCGGGCACCGCGGACCGGUCAAGUGUGGACCUGCUGUGGGCACCAAGGAGGGGGCGCAGCGCACCUCCCGCGCCCACCGGAACCCUCCGGUGCCCGGGCCGUCCACCGUGCCCCGGCGCCGACCCCGCGGCCACCUGACUGGGAAUGGCCACCGGCGGCCUGCAGCGCUUCGGCGAAGCUAUCCAGUCAAUUCGCUGCUACUCCCAUGGGUCACAUGAGACAGAUGAGGAGUUUGAUGCUCGCUGGGUGACAUACUUCAAUAAGCCAGAUAUUGAUGCUUGGGAAUUGCGUAAAGGGAUGAACACGCUUGUUGGCUAUGAUCUGGUUCCAGAACCCAAAAUCAUUGAUGCUGCUUUGCGGGCAUGCAGACGCUUAAAUGAUUUUGCUAGUGCAGUUCGCAUCCUAGAGGUUGUUAAGGACAAAGCAGGACCUCAUAAGGAAAUCUACCCCUAUGUCAUCCAGGAACUUAGACCAACUUUGAAUGAACUGGGAAUCUCCACUCCAGAGGAACUGGGCCUUGACAAAGUAUAAACCCCAUAGAUGGGCUUCCCAAGGAUUUAUUGAUAAUGCUACUUGAUUGUAAACAAACACCUGGAAAUACUGAUGAUAACAUAUUACCUUAUUUGAACAAGUUUUCCUUUGUGGAGUACCAAACUAUGUAAAUGUAACUUGGACUUUAAUAAAAGGGAAAUGAGUUUGAACUGAAA